AUGUCUGUGGUCUUGGGGGCGAUCGCCAGCCUCGCCCCCAAGUUGCUCCAGCUCCUCAAAUCUGAAUACGAUCUGCAGAAGAACCUGAAGAAGAGAGUGGAGUCGGUCCAUGAUCAGCUGGAGAACAUCCAGGCCGCCCUCCACAAGUUGUCGGCAGUGCCAUGGGAUGAGCUCGACGAGCAACUCAAGAUAUGGGCACGCCAGAUUAGGAAUGCGUCUUAUGACAUGGAGGAUGUCCUCGACACUUUCCUCCUGCGUGUUGAGGGCGGCGAGCCUGUAAACCGUAGCAAGCUUAACCGUGCAAUGAAGAAGAUGGGUGGCCUGUUUGGCCAGUUGAAGGCUCGUCGCGACAUCACUGAGGCCAUUGAUGACAUCGAGCAGAAGCUUCAGAAGGCAGCCGACUGGCAUACCAGGUACAAAGUUGAUGAUAUUGUGGCCAAUUAUUCUGCACGUGCAGAAGAUCCUCGCCUUUUGGAUUUCUACAGAAAAGCUUCACGGCUCGUUGGCAUCGAUGAGCCAAGGGAUGAACUCAUUGAGAUGCUGUCCAUACGGAAGGAUGAUGCUGAUGCGUCCAACAAUGAAGUGAAAAUCAUCUCUAUUGUUGGGAUUGGAGGAUUGGGCAAGACAACUCUUGCCAAGGCAGUAUAUGACAAGGUUUAUCAUCAAUUUGAUUGUGGUGCUCGUGUUCCAGUGGGUUGUCAUGCUGACCCAAGGAAAGUCUUGAGGGACAUUAUCAUUGAUCUUGUUAAUGAUGCCAAGAAAAAUUGCAGCUCAUUAAGCAACUCCAAAGAUUCCUUGAAGGAAAAAAGGUACUUCAUUGUUGUUGACGAUAUAUGGGACAUAGAAACAUGGGAAAGUAUUAAAGACAUUUUUGUGGACAGUAAUCCCAGAAGCCGAAUAAUUGCAACUACUAGAAAGUCUAAUGUUUCUGAAAAAUUUGGCAAAGUUUAUAGAAUGAAAAAGCUUACUGAUAUCCAAUCAGAAAUACUAUUAUACACAAGGACAUUUGAUGGCGUGGAAGAAAACAGCUGGCCAGAUAAAGAUGAAUUGGCUGUGGUAUCUCAAAAAAUACUGCAUAGAUGUGAUGGUGUACCACUAGCUAUUGUUACAAUAGGAAGUUUGUUGGUUGGGAAACCAAUAAAGGAGUGGUCCAAUGUGUACGACUCAGUUGGUUUUAGCGAUGGAGAUGACACACAAGUUAACAAUAUGAAGAAGAUAUUAUCUUUUGGCUACUACGAUCUACCUUGUCAUCUAAGGACAUGCAUGUUGUAUCUAGGUAUGUUUCCAGAAGAUUAUACUGUGAGCAGAGAUAAGUUAAUACUUAUGUGGAUAGCUGAAGGUCUAGUCAAGCAGACAAAAAAAGAAAAAGAUCUUGUUAAUGUAGGAGACAGCUACUUCAUUGAGCUCAUAAAUAGAGGCAUGAUCCAACCAGUGGAGAAAUUUGGCUUUGUAACUGGUUGUCGUGUCCAUGACAUGGUACUUCAUAUGAUUCGUGAUUUGUCAAGGGAGGAGCUUUUUUUGGUUGUGCAGGAGCAGGAUAGUAGUAAGGAAGAGUCACAACCAAGUGGUAUUCGUCGGCUAGCCUUGCACAAGGCAAAACCCAUUCAAGUUAAUGAUAAGGACAUGCAAAAAGUGAGGUAUUUUAAUGCCAUGUAUUGCGGUACAGACAUGAUUCCCCCUGUUGUUGGAUUUAAAUUGUUGCGUGUGUUGUCUCUAGUAAGUUGUCCUCUGAAAGGUCAUCUUGAUACAAGGUAUCUGGGGAAGCUACUUCAUCUGAGGUACCUUAGUCUACAAUCUACACCUGUCCGUGAGCUCCCUAAAGACAUAGGCCGUCUUAAGUUCCUGCAGACACUCAUAUUGACUGGAACUGAAAUAGAAGAACUACCAACGAGUCUCGGGCAGCUUACAGAAUUGAUGUGCCUAUGUGCUGAUGACAAGACGAGAGGGCCGGAUUGGAUCGGCAAGCUGACGUCCUUGGUACAUCUGCAGAUGUUCUUUGCUGCUGACGAUAAGUGUUUUGUCAAGGAGUUGGGCAACCUAAGAAACCUAAGGACUCUCCACACAAGAAUAACUCUGCAGGACGAAGAACAGAGGUCGAAACAAUUUGCUCGCAAAGAUGCUAUCAUGCAACCAAGUCUUUUCGUCCUAUGUUGCAAUAAUCUCCGUUCACUGAUCUUAGAUCCGUUGAAAUUUAACAGGCUGCCCGAGUGGAUUAACCCUCAAGCUCUUCCCAAGCUCUGCAUUUUGAGCCUGCACUUUUCUGCAUUGUAUCAGCAGGAUAUGGAAAUCAUUGGGAAGUUCAAGCAGCUCUGUGUACUCUGGAUAAACAACUCCGGUUUCUCGAUAAAAUUUAGUAUUUCUGGUGGUGGAAGAUUCCAGAAUUUGAAAUGUAUACAGUGUCACGGAUUAUACCAGGUACAAUUUGUACAGGGAGCUAUGCCAGUGCUUGAAGUCUUUGUAUUGCGCAUCCCUGUGUGUGUCAUAAAGGAAGACGACUUCGGUCUCGACUUUGGACUCAGAAACCUCCCUGCACUCCAGAAAGUCACUGCUCAAAUCAACUGUUCCUAUUGCCUCCCUACGGAGGUGGUGGAAGUGGAGGCUAAGUUGACGCACACAUUCAACAGCCUCCCCAGCCGUCCCACCUUUAAAAUCCAUAGAGUCUGUGAAGAUCGAAUGGUGAAAUCAUCAGAUUCAGAGAUCGAAGGACAAAAAAAGAAGUCUAAAAUUAUCAACAGGUGGAACGACAAGAAUGGAGGGCCCGAAGACUCGUGGAACAAAUUAAUCAUCAGAAGGAACUUUAUAACGCAAUGGAACUGUGAGGUAGCCGAGAUGGGCAAGCUGAUAACCAACUUGAAUCUCAGUGAUGAUAUAAGGAAUAAGGCUAGUCCUAAUGGGGAGCAGCAUAGCAUUAGAGUUGUGGAGAGAAUGAGGGAAGAUGCGACUUUCAUCAAGAUUGUGGGUCGAGAACAUUGCAUUGCAUCCCAUUGCAUCUAG